UCUCAUGAGUUGUUGCCGCUUGCUCUCUGCUCUGUUUUAGUAUUCCUUAUGUUUCCCAAAAUAUUUAUUUAUUUUGUUGUAUUAAGAAAAAAACUAAAAUUCUUUUUUUAAUACUGGGUAAAUCAUCAAUUACACCAAACUAAAAUUCUUUUUUUAAUACUGGGUAAAUCAUCUAGCUUUUUCCUUCCGUUCCCUUUCUAGUAGUUUUGGCUAGCUGUUGUACACAUUAAGCAUCCAAUAGUGAAUGAUUCAGAUUCACCUCUUUUCUUUUAUUCCACAUUUCGACAUCAUCCCUUUAAUUUGGUUAUAAAUACACAUUGCCUUCUCAUAUAUUUAUCAUCAGUUAUCGUUUGUAUUUUGAAACUUGAAGGCUCUCAAAACAAAAAUUACAAAACUGUAGUGAGUUUGGAUACCGUUCAACAACAAUGAGUUAUUCUCAUCAAAGCAUGGGUUCUGGUAGUAGAAAUGCAAGGGGAUAUGAAUUUGGAAGGACUUAUGUCGUGAGGCCUAAAGGAAAGCAUCAAGCCACUCUAGUAUGGCUUCAUGGUCUUGGAGACAAUGGCUCUAGCUCUUCACAGCUCAUGGAAAGCUUGCAUCUUCCAAACAUAAAAUGGAUUUGCCCGACCGCUCCUACGCGUCCUGUUUCAAGUCUUGGUGGAUUUACCUGCACUGCAUGGUUUGAUGUUGGAGAAAUUUCUGAAGACGGUCAUGAUGAUAUGGAAAGUUUAGAUGCAUCAGCUUCACAUAUUGCUAACCUUUUGUGCUCUGAACCGGCUGAUGUUAAAGUGGGGAUAGGAGGUUUUAGCAUGGGAGCAGCAAUAUCUCUCUAUUCUGCCACUUGCUAUGCUCUUGGACGCUAUGGAACUGGCCACAGUUACCCUAUAAACCUACGAGCUGUUGUAGGACUCAGCGGCUGGCUUCCCGGUUGGAAGAGCAUAAGGAACAAAAUAGAAAGUUCGUAUGAAGCUGCAAGGCGUGCUUCAUCGUUACCAGUCAUACUUACACAUGGAAUUGCCGAUGAUGUGGUUCCUUAUAGGUUUGGAGAGAAAUCUGCGCAGUCUCUUGGCAUGGCUGGAUUUCGGCAAACCGUGUUUAAGCCGUACCAAGGACUUGGUCACUAUACUGUUCCCAAAGAAAUGGAUGAGGUCGUUCACUGGCUCACAACGAGGCUCGGUCUCGAGGGCUCACGCUAAAUAAUACAGACUGUGGUGCAUCUAGCUAUGUAUGCGAUAUGGUUGACCGCAAAGAAAAAAUAAUAACUGAGAACGCAAAGGAACUGGUGGGGAGGAUGAUAAAAAACUAGUGUAAACUUGAGACAGUAGAAAGCCUUUUUUCAAAAAAAAAAAAAAAAAAAACUUGAGACAGUAGAUUGUAUAAUGGGUGGGUUUCUUGGGGUAUAUAGUUCAUGGUUCUUUGUUUUUUGUGAUUUAUUUUGUCGCUCGACGUUCUUUUGUCCGUGUUUUAUUCUUGAUAAUAAAUAAAAUGUUUUUGAUGCUUUUUUUUCUU